AUAAAAAAAAAAAUAAAAAUAAAAAUAAAAACAAAAACAAAAAUGCAUCGGCCCUGCGCCACUUUACGAAGAACGCCGUCACAAACGACAAAACGUACCGUCCGUAUGCCCGGCACGUGCAACUCAUUUUCCUUUCCACCGUCCGAUCAACUUCGCAUGCCUUUCAAAUUUCCGCCGGACCCCACCCGUGAUUCCCGAUAUUACACUACUCAUGCAGAUAGUCCCCCCGCAACUGCCGACCUCGCCCACGUUUUCCUUAACAACCUAGGGUUUCAUUGAAUUUGCGCGAGCAGGACGAAGAAGACGAAGAAGACGAAGAAGACGAAGCUGGACUGAAAUCCAAAAGUCUCUCAGCUUGCCAAUUAGGACAUCGCCUCAAAAUGGGCUCUUGCUGCUUCGACCGAGCUGAAGCGGUCCUUAGCUCUGACUGGUCCGACCAAGAUCAGGCCAUGGCGGUCGCCGUCUUAGGCCUCAACGCUUUCGAAUACCUCCAAACCUCCCGAGUCUCCUCUGACAGCCUCGUUUGCUCUGCCGGAGCAGCAGCCGAUCUUCAAACGAAGCUCAUUAACCUCGUGGAGUCCCCCGGCGGAGCCGGCUGGUCCUUCGCCAUCUUCUGGCAAAUAUCCCGGUUUAAAUCCGGCGAUCUCGUUCUCGGCUGGGGAGAUGGGCAUCUCCGUGAGCCGGAGAUCGAGAGUCUCGGUUCCCUCGAUGAUGUGCAGCAAAAGAUGAGGAAGCGGGUGCUGCAGAAGCUUCAUUUACUUCACGGAGGAUACGAAGACGACAACUACGCUCUCGGACUCGAUUGCGUUACUGAUACUGAGAUGUUCUUUCUCGCUUCUAUGUACUUCGCCUUUCCUGACGGCGAAGGUGCACCCGGCCGAGCUCUGCUCCACCGUAAACACAUAUGGAAUGAUCCUCUAUCGGAGAAUUACUGUGUUCGGGCAUUUCUUGCGAAGGCUGCAGGAUUUCGGACUAUUGUUCUGGUGCCAUUUGAGAAUGGGGUUCUUGAAUUAGGUUCUGUGGAUGUUAUACCGGAAAGCAUGGAAGCUUUGAUGAUGAUUAGGAGUGUGUUCUCCAAGGGGGCGGAGUGGUUGAAGGUCUUUGGGAAUGAUUUAGAGAUUGAGCGAGCAGAGAGACCUUCUGGGCUCAUUGCAAACAACAGAGAAGCUGUCAAUUGGAAUAAAAAUCGCAGCUUUGUUCCCCAACAUUUGAAAGCUAGAAAUGGGUUGGCAGUAAUGAGAGGGGAAGUAAAGCCAAAAGGGCAGGGCUUUGUUCACAAACAUCAGCAGCCUUCUCCUGCAUCAAAAAGGAUUGAUUUUGCCAGCCAUGAAAACUCUGAUGCGGAGGCUUCUUGCAAGGAGGAUAAACCUAGUAUAAUAGAUGAGCGCAGGCCGAGGAAGAGGGGACGGAAGCCGGCUAAUGGAAGAGAGGAGCCACUUAACCAUGUGGAAGCUGAGAGGCAGAGAAGGGAGAAACUGAACCAGCGGUUCUAUGCUCUGAGGGCUGUUGUCCCCAACAUUUCCAAAAUGGACAAGGCUUCGCUGCUUGGUGAUGCUAUUGGCUACAUUACUGACCUCCAGAAAAGGCUUAAAGAGAUGGAGUCCAGAACGAAGAUGACGCCAGAUGUUGAAGUGCAGACGGGGCAAGAGGAGUUAAUUGUUCAGGUCAAUUGUCCUUUGGAUAGUCACCCAGCUUCCGUUGUCAUUCAAGCAUUCAAUGAGCUGCAGUUCACUUCUGUCGAGUCGAAGAUGUCAGCUACAGAUGACUGUGUCUUCCACACAUUUGUGGUGAAGUUGCCUGGCGGCACCGAGCAGGCUGCAAAGGAGAAGUUUUUUACUGUCAUUUCUUGCCAAAUGAAUCCUUCUGCACAGUAGAAUUGGACUUUAGACGUGGUCUAAUUAGCCUCAAGACUAAAUAGGAAACAUUAGGAAACCUUCCAUGAAUGUUUCAUGUUUUUUGCCAUAUUUUCUGUUUUAAAAUGUUAUAGAAAGAGAGACAGGACAGACCUGUUAUUCAGCUUUUUUUUUUUUUUUGUAUACAGUCUUUUCUCAAGAAUCUUAUUUUACAAUUGCAAAGCAUUAUCUGUUUUAUCUUCCUAGUGCAGCAGCAUUGAGUAGGCAGAAACAUCAAACAUUCCACUGGCUUGUAUUCAUGAUUCUGUAUGGUUCUUGAUGUAUUUAAGAAAGUGUUAACUCUCUGCUGUGUUCAGUAACUAGAUCUAUGCAAGUGGAUAUGGGAUGUUAAUGGCUUCCCAAUAUUAUGCAAUAAUUUUGUACUCGGGUUGAGCUAUUUGUCUUCAUUUGUCAGUCAGAUUCAAUUCAUAAGCCAUAGAUGCAUCUCUUAUUGUUUGAGAUCGUUUAUUGUUCGCAAGUUAAUACAUGAUGGUUAAUAUAUCCGGACGGGUUCACUCGAUAAAUUAGGAAAUAAUUGCCCCCAUUUUCAAUACUAGAGGCCUUGGCUUUCCUUUUCAAUUUAUUUUCUAUCCAGACAACGAGAAAGUUCUUUGGAAUGUUUUAACAAGCAGCCUUAUCAUUUGGGAGAAAUGAUCCAUAUGGCUAGAUUUGGAGUAAAUGAGCCCUUUUUAUUUAUACUUUGUGGAAUUAUGCUCCUUAUUAUUAUUUACUUUAAUUCUAUUUAGUACUUGCUAUAUUUAGUAAUAGUAUAAAAAGG